AUGAGUCUCAAGAAGAAGUCAACAGCUGUGAAGACAGGUGCAGUGAGCAUGAUAAAAAAGGCCUUGACCUUAGAGAAAUUAUUUCAGUCAUUAAGUCAGAAGAAGUGUGAUGCCCUUCUUCAUAUGAGUGAUAGAGAAGAGAAGAUGAGUGAGAAGACUAGUGAAGAGAGAACAGGUGAGAAUGAGAUGAAAGAAAAUAAUGAAGAUGAAGAGUUAGAAUUUCAAAUAGAUAAGCUUUCAACACUAUCAACUUAUCUUUUCAUAUAUGAAGUAAUCAAAGAUCAAGAUAAAGAAAAGACAGUGAUAUUUCAUCAUUACUCAGCUAGACUGCAUGAUGCUGCUGCAGAAGAGUCAACAGAUGAAUCAUAUAAUAGAAGCUUGAAGAGUCAAGAAGAGUCUAAGACUGUGACACAAAAGCUUAUAAUAUUAUUUACUCAUUUGAAAAAGUCAUGA